UGCUGCAGUGCAGACAGGACCCUACCCUAUUCAAUACCUCCAGCUCUGCAGCCUUAAUAUGGACUUGAUUCGCGGCGGACGAGAGUCGCUGUCGUUCCAACUCAAAUAUACCAGCGACGAAAACAUGCCUUUCAUCCUUACGACGGCGGAUGAGCAUCCUUUCGAGUGUCUGCCGGCACCCCAGCGCUACUCAGAUGAAGCCUCAUUGUACGAUGAUGUCUGCUUAUAUACUGUACAGAAGACCGACAAAUCCUACUCUACCGACCUCCAGAUCGUCUUCCAUACUGACGGCAAACAUCUCACUUACCAGCUGUUGCCUUCCAAGUUCAACAACAAGGGGCACGAGUCUUCCCGUUCGUUCGUAUGAAGACAAUGCUGACGCUAUAUACAGCCUCAAAAAGUGGUCACUCCACUGCGGUGACCGUCUCGUCCAUGAGCACAAGGC